UUCAAACAUUCUCAACACAAGCAAUGGCUACUUUUAGCCACAUGGUUGUAGCUCUCGCCAUUUCGGUUGCGGUGUUACUUCCGACGACCACCAUAGCAACCGAAUAUGUUGUCGGGGGUGACAGCGGUUGGACGACCAAUUUUGAUUAUCAAAAUUGGGCCAAAGAUAAACAAUUCUACGUCGGUGAUAAACUAGUGUUCAAGUACCAACAAGGCAAGCACGACGUAUACAAAGUGAAUGCUAGUGACUUUGCAAGUUGUACUGUCCCAGAUCCUAGCUCAGGCCUAAAAUCUGGGAGUGACGUCGUGACCUUGAUGGCCCCCGGCAAAAAGUGGUACAUUUGUGGCGUGGGACGACAUUGUGCUGAUCUCAACCAAAAGUUGGUCAUAAAUGUACAAGGAUGGGCACCCGCACCCGCCCCAAAUAGCGCUACCAAGUAUGGAUAUCAGACUUUCAUGGCGAUCGUUGUCGUUGUUUUAUCGAUAAUUGCCAUAUACUAAUAUUACUACUUAACAUCUACUUCUUAUAUGUUUGCAUUGAUAUAUGAUAAUAAAAGUGACCCUUGGAUGGUCAAUCAAUGAACCAAGAUUGUAUGUGUAACAAUGACAUAUUACUUGUUUUUAUUACUUUUUAACA